GGGCGGCGCGGGCUGGAAGGUUCCGCGGCGCCGCGCGGCGGUCGGGUUGCGAAGCGGGGGAGCCUCGGUUGUUGUUGUCGCCGCCGCCGCCGCUUCUUUCCCGCUGCCGUUCCGCCAUGGACUCCCGCAAGCUGAGCGAGCUGCGGGCUUUCGUCCGGCUCUGCAAGCAGAACCCGGGCCUGCUGCACACCGAGGAGCUUGCCUUCCUCCGCGAGUGGGUGGAGAGUAUGGGAGGCACAAUACCGCCUGCUCCAGCCAAUGCCACCACAGAGGAGACAACCAAGGGCAAAGCAGAAGAUCAGCCAGAGGAGCCGGUUAAAUCACCUGAACCAGAAAGCGAAGAGAGUGACUUAGAAAUUGAUGAUGAGGGAGUGAUUGAACCAGACAAUGAUGACCCUCAAGAAAUGGGAGAUGAAAAUGUGGAGGUAACUGAAGAGAUGAUGGAUCAAGCUAAUGAGAAGAAAAUUGAAGCGAUAAAUGCUCUAAGUGAAGGUGAACUUCAGAAGGCUGUCGACUUGUUCACAGAUGCUAUAAAACUGAAUCCUUGUUUGGCCAUCUUGUAUGCCAAAAGAGCAAGUGUUUUUGUGAAGCUACAGAAGCCAAAUGCUGCCAUUAGAGAUUGUGACAGAGCCAUCAAGAUUAAUCCUGACUCAGCACAGACCUACAAAUGGAGGGGAAAAGCACACAGACUUCUGGGUCACUGGGAGGAAGCUGCUCAUGAUCUUGCAUUGGCUUGCAAACUGGAUUAUGAUGAAGAUGCUAGUGCCAUGCUGAAGGAGGUGCAACCAAGAGCUCAGAAAAUUGCAGAACACCGCAGAAAAUAUGAGCGGAAACGUGAAGAAAAGGAAAUCAAGGAAAGAAUGGAAAGAGUGAAGAAGGCACGGGAGGAACACGAGAAAGCACAGAGGGAGGAAGAAGCCAGGCGACAGGCAGGAGGAGCUCAGUUUGGUGGUUUCCCAGGUGGCUUCCCAGGUGGAUUUCCUGGAGCUAUGCCGGGAGGUAUGCCAGGAAUGGCAGGUAUGCCAGGGCUCAAUGAGAUUCUCAGUGAUCCAGAAGUCCUUGCAGCAAUGCAGGAUCCAGAAGUUAUGGUUGCGUUCCAGGAUGUUGCCCAGAACCCAGCAAAUAUGUCCAAGUACCAGAACAAUCCCAAGGUCAUGAAUCUCAUCAGUAAAUUGUCUGCCAAAUUUGGCAGUAAACCAUAGGAUCCCUUCUUCUUAAAAAUCAUAUCUAAGUGGGAAGGAUUGGAUUUGGCUAACCAGUGUUGCAAUAAAACAAACCAUUGUACCUCUGAUCUUCUUCAGAAGACAAAUGGGGUGUUCUAAGGAGCACUGUUCUUUAGUCCCAGGUGUUGACUUUAUUCAAUGAUUGGUUCAUAGUAUUCAAAUGAUAUUCAGAUGACCUAGUUUCAACCAUCCCUCCUUGCCCAAGAGUUGCAGCUUUUUAUUAUAAGUAUUGCAGACAGUUUCUUUUGAAUGAACACUCCUGUAAAAAUUGUAAUAAUCCAGGAGUGUAAGGUAAAAAAACCUGCUGUUGUGUUGGUUUGGAUUUUUCUUUUUUUUCAAUUAUUCUCAGUGGGCAAAGAAGAAGAAACUUGUAACAAUUGAAACUAGUCUUAAUCUUAACCCUUAGGACACAAAAGUUGUUCUGGUCACAAAUAGCAAAGGUGGGACAAGAAUGAAGAAUUAACUGGAUAAAGGAGUUGUCUGCAAAUACAAGUCCAUUUCCUUUUUUUGAAUGGGUGACAUUUUAUAUAGCUAUUAAAAUUAUCAAUGUAACCAUCCUAGCUAGUUACACACUGGAACUUCUGGCAGAGCUGCAAAUAAUGUAAUAUUUAAAUCACAACUGUGCAGCAAAGGUACAGCCCUGUCCUUUGCACAGCUUGGCAUGAAGUACGUAUUGCAGAGGCCACAGAGGUUUUGUUACUUGCUCGAUUCUUGUCCUGCACCUUUAUGUAACGUUUUAUUUAUCAGUCUGGGCAUGGGAGAGCAGCUUAGUGUCUGUGCUUGUGCUCUUGUCCUUUCCCAGUUGGCAGGUCCUCCGCUGGUUGCACUUGCCCUUCCUUGGGGCCAUGCUUACCAGGUUUCAUCUAUUUGGAAACUUUAGGGAAGGAAUCUGGUUCCCAUCACUACCUCUCUCCCACUGAAUGCAAGCCAUCCAGAACAUGUAAAUGCAGAGAUAUAAAUGAGUGAAGGGGAGAAUACCCCAAAAAAUUGCAGCUCUGGGUUCUGAGUUGGUUUGAGUCCUUACAUGCUUACCGAUUAGAAUUUGUUGGCCAAAGUCCUGCUGUCUCUUUAGAAGCGAUGACUCUUCCUUCACCGCAUACUGUAGUCUUCCAUCCUUUAUCCUUUUCUUUAGGAAAAAAAAAGCAAAACACAAAAAAACCCCACCAAAAAAAACUCCAAAACAAAAAGCUGUUGUCAUGGUUUCAGACUUCCAUGUUAUUGAGUCCUGUGACAUGGAGGAAAAGGUGAAGUACUUGGAGCAGACAGAACGUUCUUUCAACACUAGUGGAUUAACAGCAUGGGUAUCCCUGAAGCAGUGUCUGUGCUGAUCGUGUCCAGUUAAUUUGUUUACCAAUAAAACCAGUUAUUAUGUCUGUC